CGUUUAAAUUUGUCAAAGCCCAAAUUUUUUUUUUAAAAAAUACCGUUCGUCGGCGCGCCUACCGAGUGUCCCACAUGUCACGUUCCUCCACCGCUUCGCCGCCGCUCUCCACCACCACCUCCCCCAACCGUUCACCGUUUCUCCACCACUCCACCGAUUCCAUGACCGACGACGAUAACGACGGAGUGCCUCCAUCUCCUCUUCCGCCAGUCACUACCAAAACCGAGUCUCCACCGGAGGCUCCGAAAUCAGAGUGUCCCACCUCUGCCCGGACCCCGUCGUUCCCCGUCCGGGAGGAUUGCUGGUCGGAGGAGGCAACCCAGACGCUGAUUGAGGCAUGGGGGUCUCACUACCUGGAGCUUAACCGUGGUAACCUCCGGCAGAAGCACUGGCAAGAGGUAGCCGAUGCCGUCAACGCCCUCCACGCCCACACGAAGAAGCUCCACCGCACCGACGUUCAGUGUAAGAAUCGCGUUGACACCGUCAAGAAGAAGUACAAGAUCGAGAAGACUAAGGUAGUUCAAUCCAAAGGCCAGUACGCCUCCACGUGGCCUCACUUCGACAGCCUCGAUUCCCUCAUCGGUGAUACCUUCUCGAAGGCUAAUAGCAUCCCCAGCAAUGUUCAUAAGAAAAAACUUCGUCGGAGAGUUUCUCUAUCGCCAGAAGUUUCUCCCUCGCCACCGCCGACGAACACUACAAUGACCCAGUACCGGAAAAGUUCGACAGAUUCGAUUAGUCCUCUACCGAAGGUUCCAUGGUCGGUGCCAGUGGGGCCGAGGUCAAAAAGGCCAGGGAAUGGGAAUUUGACCGAGAGGAACUUCUCUGUAAUGGCUGCGGCAGCUGCAGCAGUUGAGGCCAAUGAAGAGGAGGAAGAGGACGAGAAUGAGAAUGAAACAUGGCUCGGGCAGCUGCCGCCCGUGGCAGGGAGGAAAAGGAGGAGACCGAUUGAGGAGGGGGAUGGGUCGGUAGGCGAGGGGUAUAGGAGGUUAGCCAAGGCCAUAACAAGGUUAGGGGAGAUAUACGAGAAAGUGGAGGUUGCCAAGCAGCAGCAGAUGGUGGAUUUGGAGAAGCAAAGAAUGCAGUUUGCCAAGGAUUUGGAGAUUCAAAGAAUGAAACUUUUCAUGGACUCUCAGGUCCCGGUCCAGAAACUAAAGCGCUUGAAGAACAAUUCACGAAAUCGUACAGUCUGGCAAGAGCCGAUUGAUCAUUUUGGAGAUUACCACUAGAUUUCUGUUAGCUCGGAAUAUACAUACGGGUCUGGUUACUUUAUAUUAUCAUCAAAGAUACUUUGGCUUGAAGCUUGGCUGAUCUAGUUCUAUUCUGGAACGAACAUGUUGUCUAGUAUAGUUUCUCUAUCGGGCUUUCUUGAUGCAAUGAAUCAUUAAUUUAAUUAGUUGUAAAUCUUUGCUAAUACUUUUGGUUCCAUCCUCUUUGUUGUUGUCUUUAAACUUCAUAACUGUCCCGAGUUUUUAAAUGCUUGCGAGUUUUUAUCACGGGCUGAAGAUAAGUUUUCUUCUUCGAA